CUUUUUUUUUUUUUGUUAAAAAAAACAAACAUUAACAACACAAAUGGCAAGUAUAAAGACAACCCAAUGGGCCACGACAUGUUUUACACGUGCCUUGAAUAUUCAAUACCCUAUUGUCCAAGCACCUUGUGCAGGUCAUACAGGAGCCGACCUCAUUGCGUCAGUGAGUAAUGCGGGUGGUUUAGGUUCUUUAGGUGCUGGCAUGAUCCCACCACCUCAAUUGCGAGAGACCAUUCAACGCAUUCGGGAGAAAACAGAUAAACCUUUCUCUGUCAAUCUCUUUUGUCGUACCACAGCCCCACCCACCACGCAAGAACUCGAUCAGCAUUAUCCAGCCACGGACGAUAUUUUGAAUGAAAUUCGUGUUGACCUGGAUAUUCCUAUCCCUACCGAAUAUAAAUUACGUUCACCUUCGUUUGAUGAUCAAGUCCAAGUCUUGCUGGAAGAAAAGGUCCCUGUGGUUUCCUUUACCUUUGGGUUAUUACCCGAAGAAGCAUCAGAACAGUUCAGAAAAGCAGGUACUUAUUUGAUCGGUACAGCGACAACCGUACAGGAAGCUUUGGUCUUGGCUGGUUUAGCAGACCCAAAGGAUAGCACGCGAAAAGCAGAUGCCAUUGUCGCGCAAGGUUUAGAGGCAGGUGGUCAUCGUGGAUCCUUUCUCUCAGGUAGCGGACCUUACCAUGAACAAAAGCCAACUGCGCAACUUGUUCAAGCCAUUCGUUCGGCCUCCAAGGACUACCCAUUACCUAUUCUAGCAGCUGGAGGAAUCACCACGGGUGAUGAUCUUUAUACUGCUUUACAUGAUUGGAAGGCGGACGGAGCUGUCUUGGGUACAUUAUUUAUGUUGGCAACCGAAUCGAGUACACCGAAAGCCCACAAGGAUUACUUGCUCACGACAGCCAAGAACUCAGAAUCGAAAAUCACCAGAACCUUGACUGGACGUCGUGUACGUGCCUACCCUAAUAAAUUGAUGCAACGUAUUGAAGAAAGAGCUGGUCAAGAAGAGAUAAUUCCUCCUUAUGACGUUCAAUCUUCUAAAACCAAGGAUAUCGUGGCUUAUGCCACCUCACAUGGUAUCCAGGAUUACAUGGCUUUGCUUUCAGGUGUCAAUGCACCCGUGGCGGCAACUUACACGAACCACGGCACGUUGUCUGCAGCGGACAUUUUAAACAAAUUAGUAGCUGAUGUAAAUAAAAAAGUUGCAAAUUAAAUUAAAAUGCGUGGGU